ACACCACAAUUACAUAGAUUACGCGUAAUUCUUUAUUUUUUUUGACGCAGAAAUAAUAAUAAAAAUUCUAGGAGCAAUAUUACCAUUAAGCCAAAACAAAAAUACUAGCAUGUGUGCAUUUUAUUCAACAAAGGUCUAUGACAUGAAUCUAGUCCUAGAUUCUAUCUUCAAACCCAUGUUUUUUCUGAUUUCUUUCAAAUCAAACUAGUAUUACGUUUGAUUAAUUCCAACAUUUAUAUUUUACCUUGUUCACACACAACUAGUGUUUGUUUCUGCUCAACAAUUUCUAGGAACAACACAAAUAACAUGAUUUGAAAAAGGAAAAAAAUGAACAACACCUGUCACCAACCAACCAUUAUAUACUUUUUCAGAGUCAAAUUCAAAAUGCCAUGUUUAUACUUUUCUUCAUCUUCCUCAUUACACAAAUUAUCUUUUUCAGUUUCUAGAUAAUAUCUCUGAUUUAUACAUUGUUUUUGGUUUCCUAUAUAUAUAUAUAUUCUGCAUAUUCUUUGUGUUUUUUAGUAUUCUCCAGCCACUUUUCUUUUCUGACCCAUUUGUUUCUAUUCAUUAUUUUGUUUUAAUUUCUUCUUAAAAAAAUACCCUUUGGAUUUUUUUUGAGGUGGGAAGUGAGAAAAUUUUGAGAUUCAACUGUGUUGCUAUAAAGUUUGUGUCUUUGUGUGUACAAUGCUUAGUGAUAAAUUAGAACAAAGGGGUUCUUAAUUAUUGUGAUUGUGAUAAUUUUGUUUGUUGUUGUUGAUUUGAAAGUCAAGUUUUUUCUUUUUCUAAGUGGGGUACCUUUUUGAGACUUUGAGGAAAUUUACAAAUUUGUCUGCUAGUUAUAGGAAAUUUACAAUCUUAGUGGUGGUUCUUUUUUGCUAAUUUUUAGGGAUUAAUUUCAUUUGUUGAAUUGAAAUGAAGAUGAAGAAGAUUCAUUUCAGCAAGAUCUAUUCAUUUAAAUUUGGUAAGAAAACAAAGUUUAGGAGAGAGCAUUCACAAAUUGGAAGACAAGGGUAUUCUAGAGUUGUUUUAUGCAAUGAAUUACAAGAUAGUUUUGAAUCAGAUUUGAUUAGGAAUUAUGCUGAUAAUUCUGUUAGGUCAACUAAAUAUACUGUUGCGAGUUUCUUCCCAAAGUCAUUGUUUGAGCAGUUUAGGAGAAUAGCUAAUUUCUAUUUCCUUGUUGUUGGUAUCUUAGCUUUCACAAAACUUGCUCCUUAUACUGCUGUUAGUGCUAUUCUUCCUUUAUGUAUUAUCGUUGGAGCGACCAUGGUGAAAGAAGGUAUUGAAGAUUUGCGUCGGAAAAAACAGGAUAUCGAGGUGAACAAUAGAAAAGUUAUAUUUCAUAAAGGUGAUGGCAAUUUCGAAUAUACGGAGUGGAAGAAUCUCAAGGUAGGAAAUAUAGUGAAGAUAAAGAAGGAUGAAUUCUUCCCUGCCGACCUCCUACUGCUUUCGUCCAGUUACGAAGAUGCAGUCUGCUAUGUUGAAACCAUGAACUUGGAUGGUGAGACAAAUUUGAAGCUAAAACAAGGUUUGGAAGUAACUUCUUCGUUAAAUGAGGAAGUUAAACUCCAUGAUUUCAAAGCUACUGUCAAAUGUGAAGAUCCAAAUGCAAAUUUGUACUCAUUUGUCGGGAGCAUGGAAUUUGAAGGGCAAAAAUAUCCACUUUCUCCUCAGCAGCUUCUUCUCAGAGACUCAAAACUUCGUAAUACAGACUACGUAUUUGGAGCUGUCAUUUUUACCGGCCACGACACGAAGGUUAUUCAAAACAGUACUGACCCUCCUUCCAAAAGAAGCAAAAUCGAGAAGAAGAUGGAUAAGAUUAUCUACUUCUUAUUUGGUGUGCUGUUUUUAAUUGCUUUCGUUGGAUCUAUUAUCUUUGGAAUCGUAACCAAACGCGACUUGCACAACGGAUUUAUGAAAAGAUGGUAUCUGAGACCAGAUGAUUCCACUAUUUUCUUUGAUCCUAAAAGAGUUGUCGCAGCUUCUGUAUAUCAUUUCUUGACGGCUUUAAUGCUAUAUAACUUUUUCAUUCCCAUCUCCUUGUAUUUCUCGAUUGAAUUGGUCAAAAUCCUUCAAAGCAUCUUCAUUAAUCAAGAUAUCAAUAUGUACUAUGAAGAACUGGACAAACCAGCUCUUGCACGUACUUCAAACUUGAAUGAAGAACUCGGCCAAAUUGACACGAUCCUUUCUGAUAAAACUGGAACUUUGACUUGCAACUCGAUGGAGUUCAUCAAAUGUUCUGUUGCUGGGGUAGCUUAUGGCCGUGUUGUUACAGAGGUUGAACAAGCCAUUGGCAGUAUAAGUAAUAGUUCACCUAUGAUUCAUGAACAUGUUAAUAGGUUGGAACGGACAGUUGAUUCCAGUGAAUCUCAUGAUCGUAAAGAACCAAUCAAAGGUUUUAACUUUAUAGAUGAAAGGAUAAUGAACGGAAAUUGGGUUAAUGAGCCUCGCGCAGAUGUUAUACAGAAGUUUUUCCGAUUAUUGGCUGUUUGUCAUACUGCCAUACCAGAAGUGGAUGACGAUACCGGAAGAGUCACGUAUGAAGCUGAAUCUCCCGAUGAAGCAGCAUUUGUGAUUGCUGCAAGAGAAGUUGGUUUCACAUUCUAUAAAAGGAGUCAGAAUAGUUUAUCAAUGAGAGAGUUGGACCCUGUUUCUGGCAAUGAAGUUGAAAGGACAUACAAGAUUCUCCAUGUUUUAGAAUUCAAUAGUUCAAGGAAGCGAAUGUCGGUGAUAGUUAAAGAUGAAGAAGGGAGAAUUUUACUACUCUGCAAAGGCGCUGACAGUGUCAUGUUUGAAAGGCUUGCGCUGAAUGGAAGAGAAUUUCAGGAGAAAACUAUGGAACAUGUGGGUGAAUAUGCUGAUGCAGGUCUAAGAACCCUGAUACUAGCCUAUCGUGAACUUGAUGAAGAAGAAUAUAACGAGUUUGACAAUAAAUUUAUGGAAGUGAAAAAUUCAGUCACUGUAGAUCGUGAAUCACUGAUUGAAGAACUAUCAGAUAAGAUUGAGAGGAAUCUAGUCCUUCUCGGUGCCACUGCUGUUGAAGACAAGCUCCAAGAUGGGGUUCCUGAGUGUAUUGAAAAGCUUGCGCAAGCUAGAAUUAAGAUAUGGGUUUUGACUGGGGAUAAAAUGGAAACUGCCAUCAACAUUGGUUUCUCUUGUCGCUUGCUUCGACAAGGAAUGAAACAGAUUAUAAUUCAUUUGGAGAUUCCAGAAAUUCAAGCAUUGGAGAAGCAUGAAGACAAGAUGGCUAUCAUCAAGGUAUCAAGGGAAAGUGUAUAUCAACAGAUAUCUGAAGGUUCUAAACUGCUUUCUGCAUCUAAAGGGACCUCUCAGCAAGCAUUUGCUCUGAUAAUUGAUGGAAAAUCACUAGUUUAUGCUCUGGAGGAUGAUAUAAAGAACAAAUUUUUAGAGCUUGCAACUCGCUGUGCAUCUGUUAUCUGCUGUCGCUCAUCCCCAAAGCAGAAGGCACUGGUUACUAGACUGGUCAAAGAAGGAACUGGUAAAACAACAUUAGCUAUUGGUGAUGGAGCUAAUGAUGUAGGAAUGAUUCAAGAGGCUGAUGUAGGUGUUGGAAUUAGUGGCGUUGAAGGAAUGCAGGCUGUCAUGUCUAGCGAUAUUGCAAUUGCGCAAUUCCGGUAUUUGGAAAGACUGCUUCUUGUGCACGGACAUUGGUGUUACCGGAGGAUGUCCUCAAUGAUAUGUUUCUUUUUCUACAAGAACAUUACAUUUGGUUUCACUAUAUUCUUAUAUGAAGUGUAUGCGUCGUUCUCUGGACAGCCUGCAUACAACGACUGGUUUUUAUCUUUCUAUAGUGUCAUGUUUUCUUCACUUCCUGUCAUUGCACUUGGGGUCUUUGACCAAGAUGUAUCUGCCAGGUACUGCCAGAAGUUUCCUAUCUUAUACCAAGAAGGCGUACAAAAUGUCCUAUUUAGCUGGCGCCGAAUUCUAAGCUGGAUGCUCAACGGAUUCAUCAGUGCCAUAACAAUUUUCUUCUUCUGCACAAAAGCGAUAGGCCUUAAAGCCUUCGACGAGAAUGGAAAAACCGCCGGAAAAGACAUGCUAGGAGCAACUAUGUAUACUUGCGUUGUUUGGGUUGUAAACCUACAAAUGGCGCUUGCCGUGCAAUACUUCACCUUGAUACAACAUAUUGCUAUUUGGGGUUCUAUUGCUCUUUGGCAUUUCUUCAUGUUUGUUUAUGGAUCAUUGCCUUCAAGCUUUUCAACAAAUGCUUACAAAGUCUUUGUUGAGACUCUUGCUCCAUCUCCUUCCUUUUGGAUUGUCACAUUAUUCGUGGCGGUUUCUUCGCUUAUACCGUACUUUUCAUGCUCCACGAUUAAAAUGUGGUUGUUUCCUAUGCAUCAUGAAAGGAUACAAUGGAUGAGGUAUGAGAGCAAUAAGAAGACUAAUGAACCUGAAUAGAAAAUUAUUUCCUCCACAACAAUUACUAACUUUUGUGAAUAUAUGUAAUUUUGACAUGUUUAAAAUGUAAAUGAUGUAUAUAUAGCAACAGUUUGUAGUUGAAAAUGGGAGAUAGAGCUUACAUAAGUGAUUGUUUUGGAGAGUAAAAAAUAAAAUGCAUCAAAUCAAAGUAAAUUUCUUACUUUGAUACUAAAUGCUUAUAAAAUUUAAAAAAUUGAAGAGAUUUUAUUGAUA